AUGGACCUUCGCGUUCCGCUCUCCUGCGUCCUUGGCGCCCCUCUCGCCCAGCGCCAUGCAGUUCCGCACCGCACGCUCCGUCUGGACGCCGCCCACCCCUUCGUCCAGUACCUCGCCUCCGAUGACACGCGUCUUCCGCGGCAUCCCACGCUGGCGGUGGAGGCGCGGCCGCCCGAGGAGUACGAGACGUACGUCGGGGAGGAUGUCUGGCGCACGCAGGCCGGCGCCGACUCCGACGACACGCACCCCGCGCCCCGCUUUGACGACGUGGUGCGGUGGGUGGCCGACGCACUGCGCGUGGUCGCCGGCGACGGCGACGGUGACGGGGUGGUGCUCUGCGGACGCAGCGUUGUCGCCGACGACUGCGGCUGGGCGGUGUUUUCGCGGACCCCCACGCUGCUAUCCCCCCGCGACGUGUUCAUUGCGAUGCGCAAUUCCCCAAAGUUCCUGCGGGACGUGCACCACCAGCUCCGGGGCGCGGCGGCGGCGGGGUCCGCGAAGGUGGAGGUCACGCUGGCAAAGGCGCUGGGCGGAAAUCAGGCAAGCGAGUUCCGCGCGUUUCUCCCGUACCGGCUGCACACCUCCGCCGGAGAGCUCCGUGCCGAGGCGUGGGCGAACCACCUGUACGCAGGCAUCAGUCAGCGGGCGACGGAUGUCUGCUUCCCUGCGUUGAUGGCGUGGGACGAGGCCACGCACGAGGAGAACUAUCUCACCGUGAUGCGCCACGUUGCGCACGCCAGGCUGCUGGAGAGGUCCCUUGAGAGCAACGCACGGCUGCGCACGGCGCUUCUUCGGCAGGCGGCCAAAUUCUUCGCUGCGAGCGACGCCCCCAGCACGGAGUCGGUGGUCGUCCUGCUGGCGGUUGAUCUGCUCUUUGAGAGUCCGUCGCUGCCGGUGUAUUUACUGAGCGCCGCGGUGCGGUGCUUUCCCCACGACCUCAGGGGCCCGGCGUGCGCCUCUCCGUUCAUCCUCGAGGCGGACGGCACCAAUAACACGCACCCCACCGCCGAGGACGCGGACGCCGGUGGUGGCGGGAGCGACGCGAGCGACGAGGAGGAGGAGGAGGAGGAGGAGGAGGAGGUGCUGUGCGAUUCCGUAAGUUUCUUCCGCCUGUUUCGCGACGUCGCCAACUGGAACCGUCACGUGGAGGUGUGGCGCCGGCGCGGCGACACGUCGGGGACGCAGCAGCAGCGGCGUUUUUUCGUCGUCGCCUCCGAGCGUGACGACCUCGCGCCGACCAAAGAGUCCUUGGCGAAGCGCGGGCUUCCGCUGGAGUUCCUGCACCCUGACCUUUUUAAGGGCGACGAAAACUUCCUGCGGGAGUGGCGCGAGAAACUGAUGCAGAGCUUGACCAUGGCGCAGCAGUGCCGCGGAAGCUGA